AUGAAGGUCCUCAUCCUUGCCUGCUUGGUGGCCCUUGCCUUUGCAUGGGAGGCUGUAGAAAGCAUUUCAAGCAGUGAGCCAAGACCUGAGAAGUUUGAACAUGAGAAACAGCAGGGAAGAGAGGAUGAGCGCCAGGCCCAAAUCCAGCCCAUUGUCCAGCCGCAGCCUCUUUUCUAUCCUUACGCUGAGCCCAUCCCUUACCCUGUCCUUCCACAGAACGCCCUGCCUCUUGCUCAGCCUGCUAUGGUGCUGCCUGUCCUUCAGCCUGAAGUGAUGGGAGUCCCCAGUACCAAGGAGACCAUCUUUCCUAAGCACAAAGUGAUGCCACUUCUUAAGUCUCCAGUAGUGCCAAUUAUGCAGCGCCAAAUCCCAAAUCUCACUGAUCUAAGAAAUGCACAGCUUCCUCUGCCUGUGCUCCAGGCCCUGAUGUCCCAGGUCCCCCAGACUCUUGUUCAGACUCCCAUGCUUCCUACUCAGUCCCUGUUCUCCCUUUCUGAGCCCCAAGCCCUGCCUAUUUCCCAGCAAGUGUUAACCUAUCCCCAGGGAGAUAUAACCAUCCAGGAGCCUCUGCUUGACUAUACCUGGCCCUUCUACCCCAUGACUCAGCCUGAUGCCCCAGUUUACACAGUACAACAAUCCCUGUUAAUCCAUUAUACCUAUGCCUUUCAUCCUCAGAAGUACCCAGCAUCAGCUGUCAAAUUUUAUGAUUCCCCUCCCCCCGACAAAAAAGGUUCAAAUGUAAAAUCUGAUUCACAGCUCUGCAACAUAGCAGCUAAGUCAAACUUUGGAAGUUACUGGAUUUUUGGAGCUUCAAUUUCCACAUCUAUAUAA